ACUGUGCAUUGUACCGAGCGCCAAAGAUUCCCGGCCGCCGCAGCCCGUUUGGUGGCGAUCUGUUCGGCCGCUUCUGCCUCCUGGUCCCGGCGGCAGCGGCGCUCCAUGCUCGGCAGCGAGGAAAAUCUCUGGCGGCCGCGACGACGCCCCCUCCUCACCCCAUUACUCCAGUCAGUUACCAUUGCCCCUGGCUGCAUCUGCAUGUGCCGGUGCGAGGACCUCCUCCUCAGCUUGGACCCAUGGCUUGCUUCUUCAGCGGCGCCUCUCGGCAGCAAUCCGGCCAACAUCCAGCGAGGAGCUCCCGAAUCUGGGCGUCCGCCGAGAAGAAGAGGGUGGAAGCGGAGGAGGAGGCCGGAGAGGAAGACGAUGGCCAUGCUGUGGUGGAAGUCGCUCAAGAAGACCCUGAGCUGCAAGUCGCGGGAGUCCUGCGACGUGAUGAAGCGGGAGGACUCGCGCGGCGGCAGCGCCAGGGGGAUCAAGAGGUCGUUCCUGCCGCCGUCUCUGCCGAAGUCGGGGUGCUCGCGCUCCAUCUCCAACCUGCGGGACGUGAUCCACAGCCAGUACGGCGGCAGCCGGCGCCGGGCGCCGGCGGCCGUGCCCAGCCGCUGCGACAGCCCGAGGUCGAUCGAGAGUAGCGACGUCCUCAGCGCGGUGACGCACGACGUGCUGCUCGCGGCCGGGGCCCCUGCCGGCUCCGGCCGCGACCUCCGGGCCGGCGCCGGGGAAGCCCCGGGGCUCGCCGCCUGGGCCAUCGGCGGCGCGGCACCGCUCAGCCCGCUCCUGAUGCGGUGCCGCACCAGCCGCCUCUCCCAGAGGAGUUCCCCGCGCGAGGUGUCGCCGAUCCGGCUCCGCAGCCAGGCAGGCGCCAGCAACGGCGGGGUGGGCUCGCCCGCUCCCGCCUGGGCCUCCUACGGGGUCGGCGUCCGGUGCGAUCGCUGCGGCGGCCUCUUCUCCAGCGACGACGCCCUGGAAUCGCAUCACCUCGUCUACCACGCCGUCACCGAGCUGGUGGACGGCGACACGGCGAGCAAGGUGGUGGAGCUCAUAUACAAGGUCGGGUGGCCGAAUCCCCAGGUCGCCAUGGAUCGUGUCGAGAGGGUCGUCAAGGUCCACAACAUGGACAGGUCGGUGGGCCGGUUCAAGGAGUACAUGGAGGAGGUGAAGGCCAGGGCGGCGACGCUGCCCAACAAGCACCCCCGCUGCAUCGCCGACGGCAACGAGCUGCUCCAGUUCCACGGCACCACCGUCUCCUGCUCCCUCGGCGCCGGCGGCUCGCACAGCGUCUGCGCGUCGGGCGCCUGCAACGUCUGCCGCAUCAUCCGGCACGGCUUCUCGGCGACGAGGGAGAGCAGAGCGGACGGCGGCGGCGUGUUCACCACGUCGACGAGCAAGCGCGCCCUGGAGUGCCUACAAGAAACCAACGCCGCCGGCGGCGGCGGGGAGGCCGGAGCCGGCGGCGUGAAGCACGCGCUGAUCGUGUGCCGGGCGGUCGCGGGGAGGAUCCGCCGCCCGCUGGAGAACCCGCAGGACGCCGCCGGGCAGCCGGGGUUCGACUCGGUUGCCGGCCAGGUCGGCGCCGACUCGAGCAUCGAGGGGCUCUACCUGCUCAACCCGAGCGCUCUCCUCCCGUGCUUCGUGGUCAUAUGUAAAGCUUAGAUCUUGCGGUUGGUUAUAGCCAUCAUAGGGAACCAAAGCAUAGUAUUUAGCUUCGUCCUAUAUUUUUAUUUGAUCAUCAAUUAAAGUUAUAGUUUAGUUCACUAGUUGUUGGAGAACAUUAGGCACCAUGUUCUCCUUAUAUGUUUUUCAUUGUUAUCUCAUUGAUCGAUCUGGUGUACAUUCUUCUUUAAUUUGUACCUUCCAGCAGUGACGAGUGAGCAACACACCAGUUUCAGAGAUUGGAGGACACUAGACAGCAUGUUGUCCACAUA